GUAGCACGACAGGUUUGGUACGAAACGAAUCCACACCUGCGCUGAGAGAGUGAAAGAUACUAUCUGAGAAGAAAAGAAGAAUUAUAGCAGCAGAGUUCGAGAGAAGUUCGACAGUGGCUCAGCCAAGGCGAAGAAUUGAUCGGAAGCACCGCCGUCCCUGUCGUGACCGGAGAGCCAGUGAGACGCGUCACGAGACUGGGUCACGCGGAGGGCCUGCGGGCCACAGCAGCAGGGCGCCGGACGCCGCACCAGGUCAGGCGGCAGCACAAGUCUCCUCACCACCAGCCAAGAUGACUAUGAACCUAUCUGAGCUGCGUGAGUCGAUGGCAGUGGCCGAGCAGCUGGCCAAACAGUCCAUCAUCCGCCGCCAGCACCCGGACGAGCUGCUCGGCACCGACGACAAGGGCGGCUACAUCCCGCCCAAACAGCUGCUGCUCUACAUCGUCAGGAUGGGCAGCUUCACGUCGGCGCCCAAGAUCCUGAACCCGGACAGUGCCGAUGACGCGCUGACGUUUCCGGAGGAGUCGAUGACGCCGUCGGAGAUGGAGUCGUACUGCCGCCAGCAGCUGAGCGAGCUGCCGCCGCUGCUGACACGCGAGUUUACCGUCAUCGAGCAGCCGGCAGACGCCGACAACCAGUUCAGGAUCAUGCAGUGGAACACGCUGUCACAGACGCUGGGCGUGCACAACGACAACUUCACCGAGUGUCCUGCAUCGGCUCUGGAGUGGGAGACGCGCCGCUACCGUCUCAUUGAGGAGAUCAGCCACUACGCCCCGGACGUGCUCUGCCUGCAGGAGGUGGACCACUUCAAGUUCUUCCAGAAGGCGCUGGGCACGAUCGGCUACUCGGGCGUGUUUUUCGAGAAGCCCGACUCCCCGUGUAUCUACAUCAAGGGAAACAACGGUCCGGACGGGUGUGCGCUCUUCUUCCGGAACGAGAGGUUCGAGCUGGUGCGCACAGAGACGCGCGUCAUCGAGGUCUGGAAGGUGCAGAGCAACCAGGUGGUGGUGCUGGCCAUUCUGCGUGACCGGCGCACGGGCCACGAGGUGUGCGCCGUCACCACGCACCUGAAGGCGCGCUCGGGCGCCCUGCUCAGCGCCAUCCGCAGUGAGCAGGGCAAGGACCUGUUGUCGUUCGUCAGCAGCCACGCCGGCGACCGGCCCAUCAUCGUCUGCGGCGACUUCAACGCCGAGCCCAGUGAGCCCGUGUACGCCACACUGACCCAGGACGGCGCCCCGGAGCUGAGCUCGGCCUACGUGCAGGCCACCGGCGCAGAGGCUGACUACACCACCUGGAAGAUCCGCGGCUCGGGCGAGGUGUGCCAGACGCUCGACUACGUCUUCCUGUCGUCGUCCCGGUUCAGCGUCGAGUCGAUCCUGCCGCCGCCCACCGAGCAGCAGCUGGGAGAGGCGCGCGCGCCCAGCUUCGCCUACCCGAGCGACCACUUCUCGCUGGUGACCGAUGUCAGUAUUCUGCCCAGCUAGGGGCGGGAGGAGGGCCCCUCCCCGCCGGGCCGACAGCGGGGCGACAAUGUCAACACAUCCGGGAGACACAGCGGCAUUACUGGUGAUUUGUUGAGUUCUAGUGUUCGGUGCUGUUUGUUGAGUGAUGAGCCUGUGCUCCACAUGUGUUGCUUACAACGACGAGUUCGUCUGUCCCUUCCGUUCCUCAUCUUUGCAAAAUUCAAAAUUGUGAUGCAAAAUUAUCAUCUUCAUAAGGAUUUUAAAAAUAACAAAGUAAUAUUUCAGCGGGUUGCUCACAAUAACGCCUUUGAUGAAGCUGAUCAAAUAAUCCAACUGUUCUUCAUUUUCUCUCCAUAACUGUAUUCCGUGACGCUUUACUUCUGAGUCUUAGUAGCUCAGAUCAGUCAAAUAAUUGUACAACGAAAGAGUUGCCGGCACAAAUGACUCAGACUACAAAUGCCGUGUGCCAGUCUGCGCCCGGUUUGGUACGUGCCAAGGCAAUUGUUCGAGUAAGCUGUGCCUACAUGCACUCGUGUGUGAUGUGUAAAUUAUGUGCGAAUGCGUUAUUUAUGUGAGCGUGGUAAUCUUCACUUCGGCUAUUCUCUUCUCUUCUCACCCUCCGGCACACUGGGACAUCGAUUGAAACGUUUCACCUUUCAACGACUUUCACUUUGUGAAUAAAAAAAUAUAUAAUCCCUUCUCAGACCUAUCCACAGCAAUCAAACCUCUAUCAGUUUAGGACAGCACCAGUCAAGCUGAUGGUCCUUGACUGUUCGGUGAUCGUCUGAAUGUAGCUGCACUUGCGCCAUUCGUGCGACAAAGACUAAGAAAAAUGAUUGAUGACCGAUUGCUAAUCUGCACACCCUUGCGAUGGUGCGCAGUUAGAACCCAGCGUCUUUGUCCUACGACCGUCACCUUCCUCCGAACAAGGAGCUGUUGUUGACGAUCUGAAGACACGUGCAUUGUGCACUGCACGGUGGCCCAGGUGACAGUGUAGUGACUUCCGACCCUAUAUUAGAGGCCGGCAGGCUCUAUUGUUGGACCCGACCCACUUCCCUUCCUCCCAGUGACGUCCUUUUCACUGUCAAUGCCUGUUCUCCCACUGUGCUAUCCCUCCAACUGCCUUAUGUCCAUGUCCUGUUCCGGUAUCCUGGGCGGGGCACCGAGGGCAGAGGUGAUUAACCGACGAGCUGGUGCACAGUUUGCCAUCUUGUAUGCGAAUGAUGCCAGCCGGUAGCGCCAUCGUGCGCUGUGUUUUCGUCGAUUGUUCAUACCCAGUCCUCGGGGAGAUGGUCUACAUUGGAUAUUCUCUGUUGUACUUACCUUUUUCGGUAUGCAUGAUGUCUUGUAUUUAUAUUGUACAAUUAUUUAUAUGCGCUGGUAAUUAAGAUGGAUUAAUAUAUUUAUUGGUCCGAA